CCAGGUGGAAGGUCAAUAUUAUGGGACAUGCCACUGGAGGGCGCUGUUUCUUUUGGGGUACCUCUUGGAGCGCAAGGGAUGAUGGGGAUCUACGGAGACAUUCACAGAAGUGCUAGCUUGCAUUGGUGUUAUGUCGGUGUGCAAUGCCGUUUUUCACUGCGUGAUCUGUUUUAAAUACAAAGUGUGGAACAGUUAAGGCACCAGGAGUUGCUGCAACCAACUUCACUGUUCAUCUCAGAGGGAUCUGUAUUCCGUUUUCUGCUGGAUUAAUGCACUCAGGAGAAGCCACUACAGUUAUUUUUGCACUGCUAAGUUUGUUGUAUUUCUGUAUGGGUUUAUAUCAGUCACAAAUUGACACUAGACAUCCUUGAGUUUCAGACGCUGAUAAAGUUGGGGAAAUAACCUGCAGUAGCAGUAGGUUACCAGUGCACAAAGCUGUUACUGGAUAAGAACUGUCUGUAACAAUUUUAUUUCUUUGUUUUUACAACCUUUUUUAUUUUCUUCUGAGCGCUUACUUUAUCAUUCAGAUUAAAAGAACCCCAAAGAUAAUCUGUGUUCUGGGCUGGUUAAUUUAGCCAGGCUACACAAUUUGGUACCAGGAGUGGGGUAUCUGCAAAAGUGGCAGCUCAGUGAUUUUGUUUUUUAUGGGUUUCAGUUUAAGUAGGUUAUUUUACGGUGCAAAAAUAACUGUAGUGGUGGUCACCCGCGGCGCGAGGGGUUGGAAAGGACCUGACGAUUGGGGCCAUACCAGAGGUGUGCAGAGGAGCAGUGGCCAGUCUGUCCAGAAGAAGGUGAUUUCGAUCGAGGGAAGGAUUCUUUCCAGAGGAGAGGAGGACAUCAGUGGCACCUAGCUGAAUAGACUGCUAAGGCAAUUUCUGCAUCCUGACCAAAGACUAAUCUGGACACAGACAUUUCAUUAUGUCAGACACAAACAGUGACGAUGACCAGGGUUUGGCAGGGGCCACUGGAAGGGACCCUGUCACUGAGCUUCAGGCAAAAUUGUCAGAACUGAGUAACAAACAUGACCAGGCUAUGGCCAGGAUAACUGCUUUGAGUGACGGGGCAAGUAGGUCAUAUGUAUAUCUGCCGCGAGAGCGACCUAUCCAACCCUUUAGUGGGGAUGCAACCGUAGAUGGACGUUCUGUAGAGGAGUUUAUUGAUGAAGUACAGAGGGGUAUCAGAACUAGAGGCUUGGGUAAUGACGAUCAGGUUGACUUCAUUUUUUCCCUCCUCAGGGGUUCUGCACUUGAAGAGAUCAAGUUGUGUACUGGGGGAGAGCAGACUGAACCCGAAGACAUUUUUUGUUUUCUCAGAGAAGCUUACGGUGAGAGGCGCAGUGUAGCACAGUUACUGCAAACCUUUUUUAGCCGUUUCCAGCUAGAAGGUGAAGAUUUCUUUGAGUACUCACACGCUCUGUCCCAGAUCCUCCGCUUAGCCCUUAAACAAAGGCCUGAUGCAGUACGAGAUGCAAAGAUGGCAGUUAGAGACCAGUUUGUGGAGGGAGUAAGGGACUCCACUCUGCGAAGGGAGCUUCGCAAGAUGGUGAGGGAAAAGCCAGAGUCUACGCUUUUUGAUGUACGUCAGGAAGCAAUUGCUUGGUCUAUGGAAGAAAAACCUAGUGGCACCAGAGUUGCCAAGAGCAGGCCCAUAUUAAGUGACAGUGCGGUUGCAGGGGAUCAGAGUACCCGUGAAGCUCCAGAUAGGUCAUCUGCAACUCUAGAUGAAAUCCUUAAGGUGGUGUCUGAGCAGGGCAAGGCUAUUGGGGAGUUACUCAGUGUGGUUCGGGAGAGUGUUACAUCCGGAGAAAGGGCCCCUAAACGUGGGAUUCCCAGAUCAAAGUUCCAGUUCACUGAUGAUGGGAAGCCCAUCUGUUUCAAGUGUAAGGGAGUUGGACACAUUGCUAGGGAGUGCAAAACCCUUAAGCAAGGAGCUUCUCCAGUUUCUGUUCCUGCACCUGUUCAGGGAAACUAGCUACCUCGGUUGCCAAGAGCCGGGCAAUUCGAGGGGAGACUACUGGCUCAAAGACCCUAACUCGUGAGAGAUUUUUUGACAGAGCAGUUGGUAAAUGUCCUGAAGUUGAAAUUGAGGUGGGAGGGAUUAAGGCAAGAACCCUUUUGGAUACAGGGAGCCAGGUUAGCACCAUCUCAGAGGCAUUUUUCCGACAACACCUAAUGGGUGAAGAUGAUGAUGUAACCCCUACAGCUAAAUGGCUUAAAUUGACUGCAGCUAACUCAUUGCCAAUUCCUUAUAUAGGUUACAUUGAGCUGGAUGUGCAGGUCAUGGGAUUAACAGUGCAGGAGUGUGGGUUUUUGGUAGUCAGGGACCCCGCCCCAGAACCCGGAGGGCCACAGGACCAAGAGCUAAUGUCAGCUAAAGUUAAG